GCCUGCAUCUCCCACACACGGCGGCACGCUACUUAACGGCGCUACACAGCUAACGUUAGCAACACUGCAAACGCCUGACAUAUAUGGUUGUGGAGAUACCCUAUUCCACACGUUUCACAAGUUGUUAAUUACAACAGUUGUGAACCUGACUGGCACAUAAUUUCUUGGGUGAAAUUAAGUGGACAUCACUAGAGACGCUCCAUAGCACUUGGAACUGUUUUUCUCGGUCCCAGGUUCAGACUGCAUAGUCUAUGGCGCUGAUGGACAAACACAAACAGGUCAAGCGGCAGAGACUUGACCGCAUAUGUGAGGGUAUCCGACCCCCUAUCCUGAAUGGACCAAUGCAUCCGCGGCCCCUGGUGGCCCUGCUGGAUGGCCGUGACUGCACUGUGGAAAUGCCUAUCCUUAAAGAUGUGGCCACUGUAGCCUUCUGUGAUGCCCAGUCUACACAAGAGAUUCACGAGAAGGUGCUAAAUGAGGCAGUGGCUGCCUUGUUGUACCAUACCAUCACUCUGUCCAGAGAUGAUUUGGAAAAGUUUAAAGGCUUACGUGUAAUUGUGAGGAUUGGCUCUGGCUUCGACAACGUUGACAUCAAAGCAGCUGCUGAGCUAGGCAUUGCUGUCUGUAACGUGCCAGCAUCCUCCGUGGAGGAGACAGCCGACACUUCGCUAUGUCUCAUCCUGAACCUGUACAGGCGAGUCACCUGGAUGCACCAGGCCCUCAGAGAGGGAACCCGAGCCUCCAGUGUAGAGCAGAUCAGGGAGGUGGCAGGUGGUGCUGCUCGUAUUCGCGGCGAGACACUGGGAAUAAUCGGCCUGGGGCGUGUUGGCCAAGCAGUGGCUCUGCGGGCUAAGGCCUUUGGUUUUGGCGUGAUCUUCUAUGACCCUUACCUGCCUGAUGGCGUGGAGCGAUCACUAGGACUCCAGCGCAUGGCAACACUUCAGGACCUGCUCAUCCACUCAGACUGCGUGUCCCUGCACUGCAGCCUUAACGAGCACAACCACCACCUCAUUAAUGACUUCACCAUCAAACAGAUGCGUCAGGGAGCUUUCCUGGUAAACACGUCAAGAGGGGGUCUAGUUGAUGAGAAAGCAUUGGCUCAAGCCCUGAAAGAGGGGCGGAUACGAGGGGCUGCCCUGGAUGUCCAUGAGACAGAACCCUUCAGCUUUUCAACAGGCCCUCUGAAGGAUGCUCCCAACUUGAUCUGUACCCCGCACACAUCCUGGUACAGUGAGCAGGCCUCUGUGGAGGCUCGUGAGGAGGCAGCCAGGGAGGUUCGGCGCGCGAUCACUGGUCGUAUCCCUGACAGUCUGAAGAACUGUGUGAAUAAGGAGUACCUGAUGGCAGCUUCUCAGUGGUCCAGUAUGGAAGCAGCCACUGUUCACCCAGAGCUUAACGGAGCCACUUACAGAUUUCCUCCCGGUCUGAUCAAUGUUGCAACAGCAGGCGGUCUCCCUGGAGCAGGCACAGGGGUUGAAAGCAUUGUUUCAGGCUCUCUGCCGCAUGGCAUUGCCCCAGUCUCUCACCCUCCUCAUGCUCCCUCUCCGGGGCAACCUACGAAGGCCGAAGCCGACAGAGACAUCCCCUCUGACCAAUAGCCCCCCCUGCCACCGCCAGCACAUUCCGUCACCAAUGGAAAUCACCCCAACAUCAGACACAACCCCUCCAGUAAAUCGGGCAGCACCAGUUUGACCUGAUGUGGAUUUACCGUCUUGGUCUUCAGAUCACAUAACCAGCCCAGGAGUGACUUAUCCCCAUCUCCCCCUGCAUCCCACCCCCAUCCCUCCAGAACACACAGAUGCAUCCCUCCAUCCAAGUCUUCAUGUCACUCACUCAGCCACCCCACCCACCCACCAUCCCCUCUGCCUUCCACUUACCCACGUCAGCAAUAACUGUUCUCAAGGAUUCAAAGAUUGGAUUGGAUUGGUUAUUUCCUUAGUUGGCUGUUGUUUUAAUGGAAAGAUGAUCUGUUGUGGUUCUAGAUGUUAAUGUUUUGUUUGUAAAAAAGAAAAAGAAAAAAAAUAGCAUUUUUGACAUGAGGCUUUACAGUCUCCUGCCUCUGGUAGUUCUACUAUGACUCAGACCAUGAGGCAUAGAGGCAGAAAGUUUGAAGCCUCUCUUUGUACAUUAAUGGCUCAUGUUACUGCUCUAACUUUCUUCUUAACUUACUCUUCUUUUUUUUCCCCUUUCCCCCCUCCAUCUUUCUUGUGAUGGUGGAAUAUGUGUACUAAAGUAAACCAGACAGAAUCACAACUAGUAUAUCUUAUCCUGUCCUUCCCAUCAGGCGUCUUGCUACCCCCCUUAGCCCAGUUUUACUAUUAGUAUCACCCCCGGCACAGUCUGCUUGCUCAACAGAGCAAUCCAUAUUGCUGUCAGCUAAAAGUGAUGCUCUAAGAUUUGCAUAGUAUAUUUUAUAUGCUCAGAUCACGCUAUGGUCAACAAACCCUGAUGGAGCGAUACACCAGAUCUUUUAUUUGUCUGCUGUGGUAGUCCAUGUUACGGACAUUCAGUCCUGUAUUUACAUGUUUAGUCCCUCAUGGUUUAUGUCUUCACAUAAAAGCUUAAAGGAUCAUAUCGGAGAUCACCUCGGCAUAAAUUUCUGUCUCAUGCGUGCAGCCAGAGUGCUGCAUGUUAGGUCUUUACACACGGUGCCCAUACAGUGUCAAACACAGUGGCUUUUUCUUAUAGGAGAAACGGCAGCAUGCCAGGGGUGUCACCAGCAGAGGGCACUGUCUAAGUGCUCACAGCCCAAAGCUGCAUGCAGCUCCUCUCCCAGACUGGUCCAGUUAACAGGUUAGUUUUGGUGAUGAAGAACAUUAUCAAUCACACACUGCCGGACGUUCAGAACACCAGACGGGUGACUGGGGAUUGAUUUGUGUCUUUUUGUUUGAUAACAUCGCACUGCAUCCCAACACCACCACUCCACACCCACCCACUCGCCUUUCCUCCCUCCACUCUUCUUCCACUGUCAUCACCAACUCUACACAUCUGCUCCUGCACCAGUAUGUACCCACCAAUUCCUUUAAGCAGAAGGGGACAGUCAAUAUUAGAUUACCUGUAAGAGAGAAAGGACGGUGUUCUGGCAUGCUGGCUUUAUUGACGACAGCGGUUUGUGUGUGUGUGUGUGUGUGUGCCGGUGAUUUGUGCGCCUGUUUUUGUGUUCCCUCACCCUGCUAUGAUAACAUGCUGUUGUCUUUCCAAAGGAAUAGUUCCUAGAAGUAACUCUUAAACGCUGUUGCCCUGGUGUCAAGGGAACACCUUUCUAGUACCUCAGUAACAGAUAUUGAAUGUACCGUGCAUACCCUUUUAUUUUUUGUACAGAUUUUCUAGAUACUUAACUGUUCUUUUCCAGAAGGCUUGUGAAAUUGUAGCAGUAAUGAUACACAAAAAAAUGUUGCCCCAUCAAACAAAUUUACAAAAUCCCUGUAGGUUCUCUAUAGCUAUCUGAAUACUCAGGCUUUAAAACCAGUGUGUCUCUCACCCUAUAGCUUAAUUUCCUCAAAAAACAUUCAGCACAAUGCUUUCCCAUUUGUAGACUUCAGACAGUAGUUGCUGUGUUUGACCCACAUCUUCCUGGCUAAUUAAAAAUUAGGGGGUGAAAAACAUAGGCAGUCGUUGGGGUCUGCAAGUUCCCUUUUUCUAGAGGAGUAGUAGUAGAAGUUUUGUUUUGUUCACUCACUUUUUUUUGUCAAGCUGCUCUUAUCAGUAGUGCAUGUGAGGUAAUUUUCUAGGGGAAGUACUAUUGGCUUAAAAAAAUUGGUGUCAUCAUGCUGUUUCCCGUUGCUCCCCAGGCUCCUCCCCCUCAAGAGUGUUGUCACCUCAAGUUGCCAUUUUUUGUCGUGGUCAGUUUCCAGUGAUGUACAGUUUUCUCCUCAGAGUGUAUGAGACAUGGAGCAUGUCCUUGUCCUGAGAUGCUCGGCUCCUCUGUCAUGUGAUGAGUAUAUAUUUUUAAAAAGAACCCCCAUAGUUUGGAUUAAAAGCAUUAUAAUAAUCUUAAAUUUUGCUGUUGAUGAUAUAUAUACAUAUAUAUAUAUAUAUUCAGUUCAGCAGUGCACUGUUAUGAGAACCGUUCUGUUUUUAUUGUAGGAUUUCAUUUUUAUGGAUAUACUGUUUGUGUUCUACAUGUUGUACUGAAACAUUUCAGAAAAAAAAACGAGAUCCUCUCCUGGUGACUUUUUUAAUAUAUAUAUAUAUAUAUCUAUAAUAUAUAUAUAUUAUCCCGACUGUCCUUUUCAGCUGAUAUCCUCUGGGCCUUACUUAUUCUCUCCCUGUAAAAGUAGCUGUUAUAGAAAGUCGCCAUGGAACCACUCACUGCCUUAAUACAGUUGACCACAGCAGGUGAAGUCAGAGACGCACCCAGUCGAAAAGAAUGAGCCACGAUCGAGGCCACACCGCAAAAAGCUUCGCAUCCCAACAGGCCUAAAUCUACAGCACCUUGCAUCUCUUUAGUGAUCAACCAUGUUUAGCCUUGUGUAGUCACUUUUUUCGACAAACACGUGAAUCCAGUGUGAUUUCUUAAUGUGCAUUAUUGCUAUUGCUUUUUUCCUCCUAGUGUUAAAAGUUAAGUCGGGCCGUCAGUGUGAAUAUGCGUCGGCUAGCAGAUAAGCACAGUGUAUAUGCUCACAAAGCCACAUCUGAUAUUUCACUCUUGGGUGUGAGAAUGCCGCUCUCCCCAACCACCACUACAACCACGCUGGGGCACUUGAAGCAUUUUCAAAGUAAAAGGACAUUGCAGACACUGGUGUGGUCUUUUAAAAAAGAAAAGUAAAAAAAGAAGCAGAAAUUUCCGGUGAGAAUCGGUCACUUUUUUCUCAGGGUCUAAAUGCACACAUAUCCUCCAGCAGUCGCCCUCUGUCUCGUGUCCCUCAUCCCAAGUUUUCUACCCACAGAAUGUAGAACAGUCUCCUGCAUUUUUAGAAACUCCGCUUGUCUCAUUCCCCUUUUGUGCACAGGUCUGUACUUUUUUCCUGUUAUGCUUUCCUUUAGCACUGACAUCUAACCAUCUAACAAGGAAUGAAUGAAUGAAUGUUUGAAAGUGACUGUGUGUAAUGUUAAAAUUGGGAAAUGUAUUUUUACAACAUGUGAACAUGUUUUUUGGUUUGUUUCUUUCCACCCACUCUCAUUGUGAAUUUUUUUUUCUUUCACCAGACUGCAAAAAUGAAAAGAAAAAACAAAAUGAAAAAAAAUCUCCUGUAACUAGGCUCUUAAGCUUUAUUUUGUUUUGUUUACUUUUUUAUUAGAAACAAUCAUGUUUGUGAUGGUAACUUCCGAUGGUAAACUCCACACCGUAUUUUAAUAAAAUCUUUAAAAAAUU